AUGACUCAUUCUUUAUGCGGGGACCAUAAACUCAACUGCUCUGCGAAGUACAGCCUCACACAAACUGCCGUUAAUUUUGACAACCAGCAGCUUUGUCCUCCGAUAGUUUCAUCUUGUCCUCCAGGUGGUGUUCCAGUUUCUGCAUCCUUGGACUGCUUGGUAGCCGAGCAGAGCUGCAUCCAGGUGCAGUCCUGCAAAGUGCUCUACAGGCUCCUGGAGUACUGCGCAGCGGAGGAGGCGGUGUCGCCCCUCAGCGCGGACGCCCGCUUGGAGUGCCUGGAGGCCCAGAACUCCUUGCAGCAUUACCGCCCACUUCAAGUCUGCAAGUGCCAGCGUGGCUCUCGCAGGGAGGAACAUUGCCUCAGGGUGUACUGGACUGUGAGGUUUGCAGCUUAUGAUGAGUAUGACGUGUCUCCAUAUGAAGAACUGCAGUUAAAUCUGGUACGAAAUAUUGAGAUGUCGCGUAUGGCCUCCAUCAUGGCAGCCUCCACUCUGUCUGUGGACGGACAAAACCAGUGUCUGAAGGCAGCCCAGGACUGUGGCCUGUAUGAGAAAUGUGGCUCCCUGCGGUCGGAAUAUGUCGUGGCCUGCACCAAGCGAGCAACAGUUUCUGACAACAGCUGUAACCGCCAGAAAUGCCACCGAGCCCUGCGGCGUUUCCUGGAGCGUGUGCCAGAAGAGUACAGCUUUGCUCUGCUCUUCUGUCCCUGCUCUGACACUCUGUGUGGAGAGCGACGCAGGAAAACCAUCGUCCCGUCCUGUUCCUACGAGGAGAACUUGAGAGGGGAGGAAAGAGUGGGCAAACCCAACUGCCUCAGUCUGCAGAAUUACUGCUCCAGAGACGAGCUGUGUAGAUCCCGCUUUGCUGAUUUUCAACACAACUGCCAGCCCUCACCUCUGUCUGCCUCUGGCUGUAUGAGAGAGAGCAGAGCCAUGUGCCUGAAGGCCUACGCUGGGCUCAUAGGCACCAUCAUGACUCCAAACUAUGUGAGCAACAGCAGCACAGAGGUGUCUCAGUGGUGCACGUGUGAGGGCAGCGGGAACGAAUGGCAGGGCUGUCAACGCAUCCUACAUAUGUUCAGCAACAACAUCUGUCUGCGCAACGCGAUAAGCUCCAUGGGAAUCUCCGUACCUCCUCCUGUGGAAAAAAACACUCCUGUGCCAGUUUCUGUGCCCUCCCCGCGUGUCUACCAGGAGAGGGUCCACGUCAGUGUUAACACUCUCCCUGAAUUCAACAGCAUGGAGGACAGCGAGGAAGAGGAGCAGAAGGAGGAAGGAAGCGAGGAAUUCAAUGUCAUCCCGCCGUACUCUGAGAAGGACUCUAACAUUGAAUCUGGGGCCAGAGGAAGCACACGGGGAGCAGCCAGCCGAGCAGUACCUGUGUUACCCUUACUGCUGCUGCCGACACUCAUCCUGGACUGCUGGAGCUACUGAAGCAUUCGUCUGAUUUUUCCAUCUCAACACACAAAAUGAAACACAGAGGACAUUAGAGAGAAACUCUCUUUUCCCCAUUUUUAAAGUACCCAGACUUACUUUGCCAUUCUGUUUCUCCUAUCACUGCCUCCUCAAGAGCUUAGAGAUAUCAGUAGUCCUGCAGUAUGUGCCGCGUCUUUGCUCCAGUCUGCUCCUAUGAAAGGAAGCCAACAACGUGAGCAGAUAUAUGAGUGCAUGGGUGAAUUUAGAAGUGCUGUCUGGGCAAAUGCUCUAUCUAGAGCCUGCUUCACACUCAAAGUGCAUCCCCUCUUUUAACAAGAAGCACAUCGCCCAAGGCCACAUCCUCUAUACACACUCCCAAAAAACCCUAACCAGUGUGCUCCGCUGCAACCCGGCUAGAGCACGGCUUUUGAUUUCUAUUUCAUGACUCAUGUCACAUCCGUUUUUCCAUUGCCCCUUCGGCUCUUCCUCCCACCCUCCCUCCCUGCCUCAUACUAUGGUAGAGGAGGAUAAUCCCAUUUACAACAAGGUAAUAAGAAACUGCUCCCCACUUAAACCUCUUUGUACAAUUCCGAAAAAGCACUUUUUAAACAGUGAUAAGUCAAAAACAAGCGCGUGUCACAUGAUGUACCAUCUGAUCCUUCCUCAACCUUCUUGCUUCUUCCUCUCUUUGUGCACCAGAAAGAGUUAAAGUCACUCUGUUCAGCUUCUUUUGUUAACACGCCACUCGGUAUUAUUUCUACUAAGGGUGAGUGGCUGACAAUUCAACCUCGGGCAAACGCAAUGAGAUCAAAUUCUAUUGUAGAAAUGACGAGCAGAGAAAAAGCAACACGAGCAAUUACAGCACAACUCAAAUUGCUCCGCAUGCAGGGAAGGUCUGGAGUGAAGCUCAGGGGAGGAAAUAGCCAAUUUACUGCUGUCAUAGCCUCUCACUUUUUUAUCCUUAGGAGGUGUUUUUUUAGUGCUCCUUUUACCCAUCUUGUGCUUCAAAUGUUGUGAGAGCGGGGUGCGGAGAUUGAGACGGACACAGGAGGCUGUAAAGCCUGCUGGCUGCUCUGAUCAUUGAGCAGCACAUUGAGCCAUUCUCUCUGCCUCAAAUAGCUUCUGCUGAUCUUAAUGAUUUUUUCUCUUAUGGAUCAUUUUCGUGUGAAAUUACCCAGCAGCAGGGAUGUAGGUAAAAGGCAGUAUAGGGAGGUUUUUGUGGAAGAACUGUUUGCAAGAAUUAACUCAACUAAGCUCUGCAGUAAUGCUGAAUUUCAGUUAUACAUUAAUGUCUACCUUAAAAAGCAUAUAUAAUUAGAUCAAUACCUAAAAGCUGGAGCAACCUGCUCACAUCCUGUUUUCCAUAAAUAACAUGCAGUGGGUGUUAUUAAGAUAGAACAAAGUAAAGAAAGAGAAAUCAAGUGAAUCACAGAUGUGUGUGAUGUUACUGUGGACGACGGGGCGGAAUAAAAACACUGCGGUUAAUCUACCAAUCAGACACGUUCAGCAUUGCAGGCCCUGCAACCCAAAAGCCCCUGGGCUUUUUGAAAAGUAUUACACCCCUAGCAGGGGCUUUUUAGGGGGGCGAUUAUCUACCCAUGAACUAAAUUUAGACCCUAGUUCCACCGUUAGUUCAGGUGUAAAGUUCCUCUGGUCGAAAUGCCCCUAUUGGGUGCAUCUGGGUGCAGAUACAUAAAAACAUUGCACGAAUAUGUCUACAAAGACGAAUCAGAUGAGUAUAUUCUGUAAAUACGAGAGGCUUUCUCAGAGAUGUACUGCAAUUCAACUGCACUGUAAUGACAUCCUCAGUACAUUGGGCUGAAAGCUCUCAGAAGGGUCGCUUGUUAAACCAAAAUAUUGGUGGCUCAGAAGGGAUUUGGCAGAUGGACCAAAAAGUUAAUUUUGUGUGUUAUGAACAUAAACUGUAUGACAUGAUGGAUGACAUGACAGCUCCCCUAAAGUGAAGCACAAAAGUGAAACAUUUGGAGUUCCUCUCACUGACUGGCUUCGUUAUAGGUCAUAGAUUAAUUCUGCCUCUUCUAUUGAAACAUAUGGCACAUUGGUGAAACUUUAAAAUCAAAAUACAUGUCAUAUAUAUUUUUCUCAAACAUGGUUUGUGUCAUUAUAGUUAGUGAUUUAAGCCCAAGUGUUUAAUUAAAACUAAAGUACUCUGAAAAAAAUAUUUGCUAGAUGCUAUUAAAAGGGGUAUAAUGACAUGACUUCCAGCUCUGAUGAUGAAUGCUGCUCCUGCGGCUUGGUGUUCACCGGAUUAGCACAGUAGAGGAGGAAACAAAAUCAAACAGUAAACAUUCAACUUUCCUUAACCUCAAAUGUCAGCUUCAAACCCACACAAGUAUCUGCUCUGCUGUGGACUGUCCCAACCUGAGGGAUCUUUGACAUUUUAUAUCCAAUGUGUAUUUUAGUUAGCAGAUGGGGCGAGGCGUCAUUACUGCAGCUCCACAACUAGGUCCCUACUGCUCAGACUCCAAAUAGGCAACAUGUUAGUGCCGGUCAGCGGGGUAUUUUGGCUUCACUUUUGCACAAUGUGAGAAAGUGGAGACAAGUCAUCUGUCUUAAUAAAUUACAGUCAGUGGUUAUUUAAUUAUUACAGUGAUACAAUGAUGGGUGACUUCAGAAGGCAGUUCACUGAUAUCAUUGUUUUUAAAUAGAUCAAAGCUUUGAAUUUAGAAAACUCUUCACAAGAAAAACUCUUCAUAGAUGUUUGACUCACUUGAUGAGGCAGAACAGAAAAAAACCCACAUGUUCUAGCCUCACAGUUGGACUUGUUUACAUGAAGGAUUACUGAAAUGAAGACUGAACUUUUGAUAAGGGCUGACAGCAUAAAGGGAGAAAUAAACUGGAUGCGCAUGAGCUAUGCUUUUGCCAAAGCCGGACCAUCAGUACUUCAAACUUGAGUUUGAUGUUUAGAAGUCGGAGUUGGACUUCAAUGGAUGGUGUAAGGUUAUUAAACCUGCACUGAGUGUUACCCAGCUAGGGGCAAAAUGACAUCAUGCAGGUUUGUUAACCACGUUCUUGUUGAGAGUUACGCUACAGGAAGCUGAGAGGUGAGAAGCUCUGAAGUGUGACUGCAAGCUUAGAAGAGCCAAAAAUAAUUACCAAUUUGAGGCGAAUAUUUAAAAAUAGUAAAAUCAGUCUGCCUGGACAAACAGUUGGUAUCAAACAAGGCUUUAGAGGAGACGUGAUGAUAGAUAAACAUGUAAGAGUAAAAUAAGUCAUCACUGUGGUACAGUGCGUUAUCAGUGACCUGCAGGUCUUCAUAAAGCAUCAAGUGUCAAUAACAGCCUCCAGUGCGCUCUGGCCUUAAUGACUGAAUGUGAGUUUACAUGUAUCUUCACAUUUCAAUAAGUUUGUUUAUAUUUGUAAACUAUGUAAAGUAACGGUUUACAUUAAACAUGGCUUUUAUUAUUUGGAUGAGUUAAGGAGUGGAAAAAAGCUUAUUAUGCAUCCAUUAAUGAAAAUGCGGGGACACUUGGUAAGGGUACAUGAACUAUCAUAAACUCAGAUAUGACUUCAUGCAUAACAAAGUAAGGACUCAUUUAUGUCUAAGUUAUGAGGUAUGAACAUGAAUUAACAAUCUCUCAUGCUUAUUGCAGUCAUUGUGAUUUUAUUUGUUUUGUUCAUGUCUUCUUUAUGUGAACUGACCUGUCAUUACACACGUUUGCUGCCAUAAUCAUGGUUGACUGAGUGUUCCGCUGUCAUUACUUCAUCAUGUUUGUUUCUCUUUAAAUAAUGGUGGAGACCUGGAUGUGGUCUUUUAACACUGAUAAGUUACAUAUGUAAAUAUUAUUCCUAUAACUAAACAAUUGGUAAUUAUUCAUGAAGGUGUUUUUAAUUAUUUUAUGAUGUAAUUAACUUUUCUUUUGUUUUAAAUGCAGAAAGCCUUAAAGGAGAGUAGAGACAACUUUAUUCUAAGUGCCACAAACAUGAUGAAGUCAUGACAAAGAAAAUAUGUGGUUAAGAUAUCACGUCCCAUAAGUGGGUGAAAACUGUGAAUAGGAGCUGUGUGAAUCUGUGGUCGAUUAUUCUUCCUCACGGAUGUGGAUGACGUAAUAGUUGUGCCACGCUGAACUGAAAUUGAAUUUGAAAACUGAAUCUGAAUUUUGAGAACUGAAAUUGAAUUUUUUAUUUUUUAAUUUAAGGAAAAUUGAGAGUUGAAUUUUCAAGUGGGUUAAAUACAAUUUCAAAGCAAAUAAUUCAGUUUCAAAACAUUAAUUUCAAUUUCAAAUCAUGCUUUUUAAAUUCAAUAUUAUUCAAUUUCAGUUUCUAGUGGCACAAAUCUCAGCCCAUAAUAUUUCCUCUUUAAAAAGACAUGAACAUUUAUAACUCUGAGAUAAUGAUGACCAACACAGAAGUUUUAAAAUAAAUCAAUAUGCUGUUCUUGCGUUAAGUUUAACACAACCUAUUAAUUCUUCUACAUUCCUGAUAGUGAAUGAAGUUCUAUGGGAUUUCAUUUUCAACAUGAAGCUAUGACUGAAUUCAUGAUCAUUCACAUCCUUUACUUCAAAGUGUUACCCAGAAAUUUUAGAAAAUGUAUGUGAAUACUUCCAGUUUAGUUUUUUAAUUUGUAUCUUUUAAAUCUAGUAGAGAGACGAUGUACAGUACAAUGUUUCACAUGCUAACCUUCUUUUAAAGACAUAUCAAACAUGCCAAAUAACUGACUGUAUGUGUAAUAACUGUAAUUUUGUGACAUAGCUGAACAAGUGUGCUGAUUUGUUAAAAGAAGAAUAAAAGUCAAAUGAUACAUUUCCAUGUC